AUGGCUCGUAGCUAUGAGGAUGCGAUCGCAGCACUCAACUCUCUACAGUCAAAUUUUGCCACGAUUAAUGCUGUCCGAACAAGAGGUUCGAAUAGGAAUCGUCAAGCGAUACCUGAGAUGAUUCAGUGGUGCCAGAAGAUAGGAUAUCAGCCAUCUGAAUUUAACCGAUUGAAUAUUAUUCAUAUCGCGGGGACAAAAGGGAAAGGAUCAACCUGCACAUUCAUAUCUUCGAUCCUAAACCAAUACCUACCAAUAUCAUCUGAAUCCUCAGUGGAUGCCCGCCCACCAACGAUCUCGAAAAUCGGGCUAUACACAUCCCCGCACCUUCGAUUCGUCCGCGAGCGCAUCAAGAUCAACAACGAACCCCUCUCCGAACAACAGUUUGCGAAAUACUUCUUUGAGGUAUGGGAUAAACUGGAAGCAUCAGCUACUGCGUCUGGUAACGAUCCCAAGGAUCCGGCCGGGAAACCUGCCUAUUUCCGCUUCCUGACACUUAUGGCCUUUCAUACAUAUAUGUGCGAAGGAGUGGAUGCGGCAAUUAUCGAGUGUGGCAUUGGCGGCGAAUAUGAUAGUACAAAUAUAAUUGAUAUGCCGGUUGUGACGGGAAUAACAAGCCUGGGGCUCGACCAUCAAUCCAUCCUGGGUAACACCAUUGAGGAAAUCGCCUGGAAUAAGGCGGGUAUCAUGAAACCAGGUGCCAAGGCAUUUACUGUUCCACAGCCAGAAAGUGCAAUGACCGUGCUACAAAAUCGAGCUGUGGAGAAGGUCUCAGAGCUUCAUGUCGUAACAAGUCAUCCUGAGCUGACACCUCUUGCUCCAGCCGCCAUACGAUUGGGCCUUUCAGGGGAAUUCCAAUACAAAAACGCAAACCUAGCUGUUUCCAUUGCCGGCUCCUUUCUGAGAUCAAGGGGCCUGGAAGAGCUGCCCGUCGAUAUCAACAGCUCCCCACUGCCCGAAAAGUUUAAAAAAGGUCUAGAAACCACCCAGCUAGGUGGUCGCUGCGAAAUGCGCCUUGAGAAGAAUAUCGCCUGGCACAUUGACGGCGGCCACACGCUGGACAGCAUAGAGGCAACGGGGAAAUGGUUCGCCUCCGAACAGGCCUCACUGCUGCCAUCCCUAAGGAACUCAAGGCCCAAACCCCUCAUCCUCAUUUUCAACCAACAAACCAGGGACAGCGUUGGCCUCGCCCGCGCCCUCCAUAAUACUCUCUCCCUCUACUCCGCAAACCUUACUUUCACCCACGCUAUCUUCUGCACAAAUGUCACCUUCAAGCAAUCCGGAUACCGACCCGACCUCGUCAGUAUGAACACCAACUCGUCAGAGGUGGCGUCGCUCAGUGUCCAAAAGGCGCUGGCGCAGGCAUGGAAGGAGGUAUCUCCAUUAACCAAUGUGCUGACGAAAUCUACCAUCGAAGAAGCGGUGGAUGUUGUCAGAGAGAUUGCGAGGGCGGAGGCUAAGGGCCGGGAAGGAGAUGAUGCUGCUGGUGAUGAAGUUGCAGUCUCUGUACUUGUUACGGGUAGUUUGCAUCUUGCUGGUGGACUUUUGGAGGUCUUGGAAACCACGUAG